UCUCUCUGGGCCGCGUCCGCGGCGACGGCGUUCCGGGGAGGGUGACGGACGGCCAGGCCUCCCCGCGCCCGACGGCGUCCGGGUCCCCGCCCCGGGGGCGGGCCUGCCGCCUGGAAGGGGAUGCGAGUCAGGCGCGACGCCGUCGGCUCCUUGGCUCCCGGCGCCGGAGAGCCGGGCCUAGGAGGCGCGUCUGCCGGGCCGCGUCCAGAAGAAGCUAAAUGACCGGUGUUGGUUGCUAACUUUAUUCCUGCACGCCCACACUGCUUGCUCUGGGAUCUCCUGCACGGGGCGCCAGGCACCGCCGUGGGUACCAGCUGAAAAUGUGUAUCUAAAAUGCAAGCUCACCUUAGCAGAAACCUUCGGACAGUGUUGCCCUGUCCUAAAAUUGGAUCAUGAAGGUAUUGGAGAAAAAUUACUUCUGGAUGUUGCUUCCACUGCUUCGUUUGAUAGCCGAUGCUGCGGAACAUGAAGAGGUAGCAAAACAUGCCAUCAAGUUACACCGAGGCAGAGGGGCAGCCAUCACUCAGAGGAAGCAGUGGGUCCUCGAUAGUUGCAGAAAGCUCUCUGGGCUGCUUCGCCAAAAGACCGUGGUUCUUAACAAACUGAAAAGUGCAAUCAGAGCAGUAGAAAAAGAUGUUAGCCUAUCAGAUGAAGAGAAACUAUUUCAGGUGCACACAUUUGAAAUUUUCCAAAAAGAGCUGAAUGAAAGUGAAAACUCAGUGUUCCAGGCGAUCUGUGGCCUCCAGAGAGCCCUGCAGGGAGACUACAGAGAUGUUGUGAACAUGAAGGAAAGCAGUAGGCAGCGUCUGGAGGCCCUGAGAGAGGCUGCGAUAAAGGAAGAGGCAGAAUAUGUGGAACUUCUGGCAGCAGAAAAACAUCAAGUUGAAGCUCUCAAAAAUAUGCAACAUCAGAACAAAAGUUUAUCCAUACUUGAUGAAAUUCUUGAAGAUGUGAGAAAGGCAGCUGAUCGUCUAGAGGAAGAAAUAGAAGAACAUGCUUUUGAUGACAAUAAAUCAGUGAAAGGGGUCAAUUUUGAGGCAGUUCUCAGAGUAGAAGAAGAAGAGGCCAAUUCCAAGCAAAACCUCACAAAGCGGGAAGUAGAAGAUGAUUUGGGCCUUAGCAUGCUCAUCGACUCCCAGAACAACCGGUACAUCUUGACCAAGCCCAGAGAUGCCACGAUUCCACGCGCAGAUCACCACUUCCUAAAGGACAUUGUUACCAUAGGAAUGCUGUCUUUACCUUGUGGCUGGCUGUGCACAACAAUAGGGUUGCCUACGAUGUUUGGUUAUAUCAUUUGUGGUGUACUUCUGGGGCCUUCAGGACUAAACAGUAUUAAGUCUGUUGUGCAGGUGGAGACCUUGGGAGAGGUCGGUGUGUUCUUUACUCUGUUCCUCGUUGGCCUGGAGUUCUCCCCAGAAAGGCUGAGAAAGGUGUGGAAGAUAGCCUUACAAGGACCGUGUUACAUGACGCUUUUAAUGAUCGCAUUUGGCUUGUUAUGGGGACACCUUUUACAGAUCAGACCCACUCAGAGCGUCUUUAUUUCUACUUGCUUGUCCUUAUCGAGCACACCCUUGGUGUCCAGAUUCCUCGUGGGCAGUGGCCGGGGUGAAAAAGAAGCAGGUGACAUCGACUACGGUGCGGUGCUGCUUGGGAUGCUGGUCGUGCAGGACGUGCAGCUGGGCUUGUUCAUAGCCGGCAUGCCCACCCUCAUCCAAGCUGCAGCCGGUACCUACUCCAGUGUUGUCAUGGAGACCCUGCGGAUCCUGGCUUUGGUCGGUCAGAUUCUCUUCUCACUAGCUGCCGCUUUUCUUCUGUGUCUUGUUAUAAAGACUUACCUCAUUGGACCAUAUUACCGGAAGCUGCACGUGGAAAGCAAAGGGAACAAAGAAAUCCUUAUCUUGGGAAUCUCUGCCUUCAUCUUUUUAAUGUUAAUGGUCACGGAGCUGCUGGACAUCUCCAUGGAGCUGGGCUGCUUCCUGGCCGGAGCGCUCAUCUCUUCCCAAGGCCACGCGGUCACUGAGGAGGUCGUGUCUUACACCGAGCCCAUCCGUGACUUCCUGGUCAUCAUCUUCUUCGCGUCCAUAGGCCUUCACGUGUUCCCCACUUUCGUGGUGUACGAGCUCACCAUCCUGAUGGUCCUCACGCUGUCGGUGGUGAUCAUGAAGUUUGCUCUGGCAGCUCUGGUCUUGUCCCUCCUCCUGCCGAAGAGCAGCCAGUACGUCAAGUGGAUCGUGGCCGCGGGGCUGGCGCAGGUCAGCGAGCUCUCUUUUGUCCUGGGGAGCAGAGCACGCAGAGCUGGUAUCAUUUCUCGGGAGCCGUGAGUGUGAGGAAGACAGGAUGCAUCUCGACUGUGGAGAAAUCAUGGGUAAGGAGUGAUGUCUGUGCACAGGCCCCGUCCCAGACCUGCACUGAGGCCGCGGGGUGGGCCCAUGGGCACCAGUUUCUAUCAGGGCCCACAUCUCCCUGCACCUCCCAUCCACAGGGCCAUGUGCCCGUGGCUCUGGGGGGUGUGCAAGGGCACCUUCUAGUCCUGCGUGUGACCACUGUCAGCCUUACUUGUUGCAGGUGUACCUCCUCAUCCUGAGUGUGACCACACUCAGCCUCUUGCUGGCCCCGGUGCUGUGGAGAGCCGCCAUCACGAGGUGUGCACCUCGGCCAGAGAGACGGUCGAGUCUCUGAGGGCAGCCACAGGGAUACACGGCUUCAGAAGUGAGACCCCUUCACCUCGGGGACAAAGCGCUCCGUGGGAGGGGCUCCCCGUCUGCCCAGCGUGCCGACUUCCUGCCGUAGCUUCGGGUCUUCCAGAGUAAUUUAUUGCAUUCAGUUGAUCAUGCGCAGUAUAAAUAUAACGCUGCAUUUUACAGAUCACCUUGACUGUUUUGCCUGGAUGUGCCUUUUUUUCUGAAAUUGUUAACUUUCUAUUGUUACUUCAUCAGUUCAUGAUUUUUUGGUAAAAAAAAUCAGAAAGGUUUUUUUAUUUAUUCGACUUUUGUGUUGUAAUCUGUUGGUCAAUAUUUGUUAUUAAACAUUUCUGUGAUAUGAAAUUUUAAUUCUGGCAGUGAGUUUGGAAAGUUACUUUAGUCCUUCCUGUCUGUUUUCUAAAAUGACAAAUAUCUUCUAAAUGUCUAUUUGUUUUUAUUACAAUAAUUUUAAAUAAAACAUUCAUGUCAGUUUAUUAAAUAUGUCAUUCUUUUAAAAUACUUGUUUUGAAUCACAAGAAUAUGCAUGCUUUAAUAAAGACCAUUCAUGAAGAGAGGAAUUAAUUGAAAUUUAUUGGAAUUUUUGUUAGAUUUUCAUGUUAAACUAAUCUUUGACAAUUUUCAAAAGUUAGGAUGAUUUGUACCUUGCCACAUCAUUCUCUAAGAGACCAUGUUAAUACGAUGCUAUUUGCAAAGCCUAAGUUGUAACUUUGAUUUUUAAAGUAUAUUUUGGUUCCUAUAUGGCCCAUUUCGGAGAACCCAGGGCUGGAAGGUCUGAUCCUUACAGAUUUCCCCGAGGGGCGCUGUGAGCGCAGUGUCCUGUCAAGAUGGGCUUUAGGAGCCUAGCAGUCUGACCAGAGCCCUCACAGCAGAGGGAAGGCCGCCUCGUGCACGACGACGUACCGCAGAUGUGCCCGUGUGAUUGACGCUCUGUGGGAGGAAGCGAGCUGCCUCCGGUCCGCAGGGAAUCGGCGGAGAAGUGAUACAGCAUUGGUUUCAUUCAUUUCUCAGCACGUGAGUGCCCGUCCCUCCAAACCGCUGGGUGUGGACAUGUGGACAGGACGCUCGCUCUCAGCUGUGCGUGUCCACCUUGCCCGGCAGGCGGAAUCCGCGCGCGGCGGCCUCUGGGGCGCCUCUUCUUCCCGUUCUUUCACUUUGGAUCCCCAGCACCUGCGGGCAGAGCCAGGAGCUCGAGAAAUUGUGUUGGAUUGUGUGACACGGUUUUCCCCAGAGCACGGAGGUAGCAUCACCGUGAGAGAGUGCUGAGUCGAGACGCCAAGAGGACGCACCUCUGGAAGACCCCAGCCCCCGGACGAGGCCUCCUCACCUUCCGCUCCCCUCUCAGGGCCCACCACCCACGCCCCCGCCGCACAGUGAGGCCACAGAGCCCUCCACGGCCCUGUCCCUCACUCUCCCCUCCUCAUCCAGCCUUGGGGAGCUCAGCUCUCCCCUCUCUGCCCCUGCGGCCAUCAGCGUUUCCUCUGUGUACGGCGGAGCCCGGCUUCGGUCGCUGGCUGGAGGAAAUUGUGCUCGCCAACCAGCCCCGCAGUGAUGUCCUCACCUGGAAUUUAAAACUUGGUGUCCGGUUUGAGUCUGUUCCUUGCGGAUUGACAUCUGAGAUGCAGGGCUAAGGACCAGAGGGGCAGGUGGGGACGCCACCUGCUGACAGCGAGCGCCUCGCCCAGUCCCCAGCACACGUCACCUGGGCGGUCACCCAUCAUCACACCAGGAGUGCUCGCCCGACCCCCAGCUCCUCCCGCCUCUGGGCCCCACACGCAUCGCACGCGUCCCAACCUGCUGGCGCCCUCGCACGGCCCUCCCCCCUUCCCUGGGUCCGAGUCGUGCCCUAAGCCUCUGGGAGGUAGGUACCCGCAUCCUUUGUGUCCUGGCGCUCUGCUGGGCGUGGGGAGCAGGAUGGAGGCCUGCAGCCCCACGUGGAGGAGCUGCAUUCGGCCUGAGGGAAACCGGAGGAGGAUGUGCAGCACCAUCUGGCUGGAAGGUUGAGAGCCAUGGCUGUUGGAGAUCUUCCAUGGGAGGUCAGUUGGGAGAGACGCUUGCUUGGUUUGCUUAUGCGACAGACAGAGGAGAACAUUAAUGCAUCACUGACCAUGAGCAGGGCCGGCAGGGGAGAGUGCAGAGUGGAGGCGGAGUGCACGGGAUGCACCGGGGAACAGCCAACCACUCGGGAGAAAGCAGGCGGGUUGGGGGUGCCCAGGAGCAGUGCGGGGUGCUGGGCUAGCAGGUGCUCGUGGUCAGAAAGUCAGCGUGUGAGGCAGCCUCCCCCAUGGCUCCCGGGCCAUGGGCACCUGAUGCAGGGCAGGCGCAGGAGCCUGGGUGCCCAGAACCUGCAGGGCGCAGGUGCGGUGGGGUUGUGGUCCCCGGCGAGACCGAGACCCCCCCCGGGCUCGGGCAGGUGACAGGUGAGGGGCACGCAGGUGAAGAUGACGAAGGAGAGGCCAGGGCGUGCGGGCUCCCUAGGGUGGGCGGCUGCUCCGGUGUCCGACUCCGGGACUCCUGCCGGCUCCCCAUCCCCCUGGAACACGGCCGCUGCCGGCCCUUGGCCCUCGGCAUGAAGGUCAGGGCGCCCCCGCCGCUCCGUGGCUCCCAGUCCAGACUGCCUGUACCUGUGGGCCGGGGCCCCAGAGCUCUCUGUUCCUCGUGCCUGGUGGCAGCCCCGGCCCCUCCAUACGUCCUUAUUCAUCUGGGGAGUCACUGAGCCCGGCCCACCCAUGGCACCCGGCCACACACCGGCUCCCUCCUCCUCCUGGCUGCCCGGGGCCGAGGUCCACGGCUUCAGGAGGCCUCUUGCUGCGGCGCCUUCGCCAGCACUGGGCCUCAAGGCUGGUUGUGGAAAGUCUGUGCCCCCUGCACACAAGACGGGUGGAGAAAUCGGCUGGUCCCGUUUCCAUCAGCUCAUCCAGACAGAGCGAGGCAUGUCUUUCCUGAGGGCCGCGUCUGCGUGGGUGUGGUCGCCACAGGAAACUGUCGCUGCUGGGACGCCCCCACCCCACCCCCCCCAGGCCCCUCGCCCUGCCUCCCCGGCCCUUCAGAGCUCACCGCCGGUGCUCACUUCCUUCUCUGAGGAGCCGUUAGGGGCGCAAACGCUUUCACAGAAGCACUGCGUCCUGUGGUCUUUCACUCAACCACGUGUUUCUGACUCAUCCUGAUGCCGAGUCUGAGGCAGACAUUCUCACCUUCUGUGACCAUCCCUUCCAUGAAGACGCUGCAAAGUGCUUCUGUUGCCAGCCGUGUCCCAACAUUGUCACCACGGAACAGUUUCGGAGGAAGAGGCAGGGGUUCCUCACAUGCGGCCUCGGGGUCUUUGACUCCUGCAGGCAGGGCUGGUGCUGCUGGGCCGGGAGCACCCGGGAGGCACAGCCGUCCAGCUCGUGGCGGCCCUGGCUGUGCCUUUGCUGACUGGACACGUGAACCCAACUGGUGAAGAUAAAGGCCUCCGAGCCAGGAACAGAG